UGAAAUGUUCCUACUCUAGUUGAAAGCCCCAAAUCUGACCUUUGGGUUUGCACGCUCUCGGAACCUAGAUCCCUCCUUCACGGUAGCUGCCGGAGGAGCCCUCCACACGCCCGGAAGUUCGUCCGACCCUGUACUGGGAUUCACCGGAAGCCCUUGUCUGUAGCGCCUGCCCAGUUUCGUUCCGAGAGACACGGAGCGGGAACCUUGCAGUGCAUUCUGGGAACUUCGCUGGGUUUCGGGCUUUGUUUCCGGCUGCAGAGCUGCGUUUGGUUUCCCUAGCGUCCGCGGUCUGGGUUCCGGCUUCCCCUCAGAGGCGGCUCAGCAUCUACCUCGGUUUUCGGCUCGCGCGGGGCUACCCCCCAUUGCUCGCCGACGCCACCAGCAUGUCGGGGGUGCGCGCGGUUCGGAUCAGCAUCGAAUCGGCCUGCGAGAAGCAGGUCCAAGAGGUGGGCCUGGAUGGCACCGAGACUUACCUGCAGCCGCUGUCCAUGUCGCAGAAUCUGGCGCGGCUGGCCCAGCGCAUCGACUUCAGCCAGGGUUCGGGCUCCGAGGAGGAGGAGGCGGCGGGGGCGGAGGGCGACGCGCAGGACUGGGCUGGCGCCGGGUCCAGCGCGGACCAGGACGACGAGGAAGGGUUGGUAAAAUUUCAGCCUUCCCUUUGGCCUUGGGACUCAGUGAGGAACAAUUUGAGAAGUGCCUUGACAGAGAUGUGUGUUCUCUAUGAUGUUCUCAGUAUUGUUAGGGAUAAAAAGUUUAUGACUCUUGAUCCCGUCUCUCAGGAUGCACUUGCUGCAAAACAGACACUGCAGUUGAUUUCCAAGAAGAAGUCACUUGCAGGAGCAGCACAGAUUCUAUUGAAGGGGGCAGAAAGACUGACUAAAUCAGUUACUGAAAACCAGGAAAACAAGCUGCAGAGAGACUUCAACUCUGAACUUUUGAGACUAAGGCAACACUGGAAACUCAGAAAGGUUGGAGAUAAAAUUCUUGGAGAUCUGAGCUACAGAAGUGCAGGGUCUCUCUUUCCCCAUCAUGGUACAUUUGAAGUAAUCAAGAAUACAGAUAUUGAUCUAGAUAAGAAGAUACCUGAAGAUUAUUGUCCCCUUGAUGUCCAAAUUCCUAGUGAUUUAGAGGGAUCUGCAUAUAUCAAGGUUUCAAUUCAAAAGCAGGCUCCAGACAUAGGUGAUCUUGGCACAGUUAACCUCUUCAAACGACCUUUGCCCAAAUCCAAACCAGGUUCCCCACAUUGGCAGACAAAAUUAGAAGCAGCACAAAAUGUUCUCUUGUGUAAAGAAAUUUUUGCACAGCUUUCUCGAGAAGCUGUUCAAAUUAAGUCACAGAUCCCUCACAUUGUGGUGAAAAACCAGAUUAUCUCUCAGCCCUUUCCAAGCUUGCAGUUAUCCAUUUCUUUGUGCCAUUCCUCAAAUGAUAAGAAAUCUCAAAAGUCUGCCUCUGAGAAGCAAAGUCCAGAAGAUCACCUUUAUGUGUUAGAGCACAAUUUGCAUCUACUGAUUAGAGAGUUUCAUAAACAGACCUUGAGUUCCAUCAUGAUGCCAUCGCAUGCACUGGCCAAGGAUGGAGCUCAGUUUUAUCACACCAUUUAUAGCUAUGUGAUCUUGAUCCAGUUGGUUAACAUUGCUAAACUUUAUUCUCUUCUGGAAAAUGGAGAUGCUAAUGGUGCCUACCCAGUGCACAAGGCUAUUAAUAAGACUAGAACUGCUGCAACCAUUGACAGCUUAGCAAGUCGCAUUGAGGAUCCUCAGAUACAGGCUCACUGGUCAAAUAUCAAUGAUGUUUAUGAAUCAAGUGUGAAAGUUUUAAUUACAUCACAAGGAUAUGAACAAAUAUGCAAGUCUAUUCAGCUGCAGUUGAAUAUUGGAGUUGAGCAGAUCCGAGUUGUGCACAGAGAUGGAAGAGUAAUUACACUGUCUCAUCAGGAGCAGGAACUACAGGAUUUUCUUCUGUCUCAGAUGUCACAGCAUCAGGUGCAUGCAGUUCAACAGCUAGCCAAGGUGAUGGGCUGGCAGGUACUCAGCUUCAGUAACCAUGUGGGACUUGGGCCCAUCGAGAGCAUUGGCAAUGCCUCGGCCAUAACAGUGGCCUCCCCGAGUGGCGACUAUGCUAUUUCAGUUCGUAAUGGGCCUGAAAGUGGCAGCAAGAUCAUGGUUCAGUUUCCCCGUAACCAGUGUAAAGAUCUUCCAAAAAGUGAUGUUUUACAGGAUAACAAAUGGAAUCAUCUUCGUGGACCAUUCAAAGAAGUCCAGUGGAAUAAAAUGGAAGGUCGAAACUUUGUCUAUAAAAUGGAGCUGCUUAUGUCUGCACUUAGCCCUUGUCUACUAUGAUUUUUUUCCAGAAAAGUUUCCAGGAACUUUGGCUUGAUAUUUCAGGUCAUCUAUAAGCACAAGGAAGAGAAAUAUUCCAAAGGAGUAUUGUUUUUUAAACAUGGAAGAUUUUUACCUAGCAUUUUGAACACUUUCACUUUAUAAGUGACAAGUGCUUUGAAAUGCAGAAGUUUCUGUACAGUUAUAGGGUGUACAGCAUGGGGAGAUGUAAAAUAAUACAUUUUUAUGUGGUUAACUUGAAAAUAUUAUUAACUUAAAGGUUUGACUUUACUUUUAAAAUAUUCCUUCUUUGAUGUUAACAUCCAAUAAAGUACGUGGUUAAAAAUUUCCA